GGUAACGCCGCGCCUCGUUGCUCUGCCUUAUAAACUCUAUUUUAAACGAUUUACGUGCUCGAAACACAUCCAGAACUGCGUCGUUAUUUUAUUAAAGAUGCCAGGCGGUGGUGUAACAGUCAAAGACGUCAACCAGCAGGAGUUUGUCCGGGCGCUGGCAGCCUUCCUGAAGAAGUCAGGAAAGCUGAAGGUGCCAGACUGGGUUGACAUUGUCAAGCUGGCCAAGCACAAGGAGCUGGCCCCCUGCGAUGACAACUGGUUCUACAUUAGAGCUGCCUCCACAAUCCGUCACCUUUACAUGCGUAGUGGUGUCGGCGUGGGCUCCAUGAUCAAGGUCUACGGCGGCCGUAAAAGGAACGGAGUGUGCCCCUCUCACUUCAGCGUGGGCUCCAAGAACGUUGCCCGCAAAGUGCUUCAGGCCCUGGAAGCCCUCAAGAUGUUGGAGAAGGACCCCAAUGGUGGGCGCAGACUGACUCCACAGGGCACCAGGGACCUUGACAGAAUCGCUGGUCAGGUUGCAGCUGCAAGCAAGAAGUCUUGAAAUGUAAAAUAAAGUUUGUGAAAUCCAAA